AUCUCUUUAUUGCUCCUUUCAUCCCCACUAAAUGUAUGAAAUAAUUAUAAUGAUAAAAAUAAGUAUAAGUAUAGUAGCAUGCGAGUACUUGAAAAGAUAUUUAGGUGGUUCAAAGUUCAAUGCAUGUACACAGUUCAUCACCACCACCACCACCAACAACAACAAAAAUCAGUUUUUAAUAAUUAAAACUUCGGUAGAGAAAAUAUUAAUCAAUAUUGCAGUAACUGGUAUAACGACAGGAGACAAGGGCCAGGUAACAGAUCGUUUAUUGAGGAAAUCAAAAGAUAUUUAUAUAUUUUUAUGUACAUUAUUAUUCGUUAUUAUUAGCAGAGAAACAUCGUCUUCUGAUUGGUUGUUUUCUCACUGAAAGUUAAUCUUUCAUCCCUUGUAUCCGUUUCUUUGAAGGUCAGACCAUAUAUCUGUGAAUCGUAUCCGCCCACUCAAAGUCUUUGUUUUUCUUUUUCUCAUGACCAAGAUUUAGAAAGUAAACAUUGACGUAAAUUGCUGUCUAGCAAUUUUGGCUAUCAGACAGCUCUCACCACACCCGUCUCCUCGUCAAAGACUUUCGACUGAAGUUGAUUCGGUCUUCUUGGUUAUGGUGGCUUUGUUAGUUCGUCUUGCUUUCUGGAAUUCCGACGGUCUCUGACGUUCACCUGCUUCUCGUUUUUUACAUUUGCGAUCGUAUCUACGUAACCUCGUCUCAAAGUGACCACGUGUGGUCCUUACCACUUUGGAUGGUGUUUGCCUUAC